CAUCUCCCAAAUCGUCUGACACAUUUUUCAUGAUUUUUUCCCGUCAUAUUAUGGCUGUUGUCAACAUGCAGCCAGCGUGAAUGUUUUUCUUUUUUUCCAUUGCCGUUUUAUUAACGCCUCAUUUACCUCACUGAAAAUUCUCACACUUUUUGAUCUGCCAUUUAAGGAUUUUAUUUGGAAUAUUUUUUUACUUUCUUCUGCGUGUUUAUUCACGUUUUUGGCGUCCACCAUGGAUUUAGACGCUCCUCCGCCAUCAUCGUCAUCCGACCCACCCGAAUCUAAACCCGAGGAAUACAUCAUCCCCAUCGCCAUCCUCACGACAAAUUUCCACGAGGAACUGGCGAAAACAUCCGCAGAUGAUGCGGAGAGUGUGUGCGUGGUGCCCGAUGUGGAUACAGUGGGAGAACGGGGCGCCCCGAAUCUUCCCGCAUCAGUUGUGGAUCUUCUCCCCUCCCCGUCAUCCCCCUGUGAUCAGGCCCCUGCAGUCGAGAGUCUUUCAGCAGAAAAUCAGGAAACGACGGAGAAAGGGGAGGCAGGGGGGACGCCGAGGUCUCAGGGGGGUUCCCAGCUGCCUCCGGGAUGUGUGAUGCAGGAGUCGGUGUGUGGGGUGUUGCUGGAGGAGAGACUGAUCUCCGUGAUGAGACUGUGAAGGAUCAGGAGGGCAGUGUGAUAAAGGAGGUCGGGAGGGUGGAGAGUGUCGACGUGGGGGUUCCUGGAUCCGGGGAGAGUGAUGUGCCUGCGCCCAGUAAACCUCCUCGACACCCCCCGAGCAGUCUGGUCUUUCCCCCGCUCCCCUCGGAAUCGCCCAGCCCGGCGUAUCCCCUCUCCCCCGAGACGUCCAUCUACCAGAUCAAGUGGAUCAUCCUGGGGGAGGACGAGCAGCACGCGCCGGUGUCCCUGCCCAUCGUCAUGCAGAACAAGAACGGCCCCUGCCCCUUGAUCAGUCUGGCCAACGUCCUGCUCCUUACCCGCCGCCUGCAGCUGCAGCCGGGCAUCGAGUACCAGUCGGGGGAGAAUCUGAUGGCGCAGCUGGCCAGUCUCAUCCUGGAGUCGAUCCCGCGGACGGCCAGCGAGGAGGAGCUGCGCAAUUACGAGCAGAAUGUGCAGGAUGCGCUGGCCAUUCUGCCCAAACUGCAGACGGGCCUGGAUAUCAACGUCCGAUUUGCCGGACCGCGGCAGUACGAGUUCACGCAGGACACGUUGGUGUUCGACGUGCUGGAUGUGCCGCUGGUGCACGGGUGGAUUGUGGACAGCAAUGAUCCGGCCAAAACGGUCAUCGAUAAGUGCGGCAGCUACAAUCAUCUCGUCGAGUACAUCAUCAACGCCAAACAGACUCCCACGGAACACGUUGAGGAGGUGCUUCACGCGGAGGACUGGCUGGAGCGGACCGGUGGGCAGCUGACGUACGCCGGGUUGAUCGCGCUGGUGGAGUGCCUGACGCCGAACGCCCUGUACGUGCUCUUCCGCAACAACCACUUCAGCACCAUCGUCAAGCACAAGGACCAGAUCUACGCGCUGGUAACCGACCAGGGUUAUGCCGGGGAAGCCUCCUGCGUCUGGGAGCAGAUCAGCAACAUUGAAGGUGAUACGGAUUUCUUCGACGCGAAGUUCCAGCUGCGCACCGUGGUGAAGGAGCCGCUAUCCCCGACGGCCAGCCAGCAGAUGGAUGUGGAUUUGCAGUUGGCGUUGUCGCUGCAGGAGCAGGAGGACGCCGUGGCCGCCGCCGCCACGGCGCUGCCCACCGCGCCGACCGAUCUGCCCGUGGAGGAGGCCGGCAGUGAGAGUCUGUCGGACUACGAACUGGCGCAGCGCCUACAAGCCGAGGAGGAACGGAUGGUGCAGCAUCGGGUCAAAGUGCCGCGCAACAGCGACACCUAUCCGCCCGGCAAAAUGAUGAGCGUCCUCCCGGAGUCGCAGAGCGCCCAGACCUUCCUGGACCACGACCGCGAUCCCCGCCACCCCCACCACCACCGCGACACCCGCCCGCGCGGCCUCCCCACCUCGGCGUCGACCCUCGGAGGCCCCGCGCCCCCCUCCCCCGCCCCCCAUCCCGGGGCGCACCACCACCCCGAGCCGCAUCCCUCCGCGCGGGCGUUGCCGUUGCGGCGCGGCCACUCCGCCGCGGCGGACAGCGGCGGCGAGAGUAAAGCUAAAAACUGUGUUAUUUCCUAAAUGUCGCGUACCGGAGGAAAAAGAGAGAGUUUACAUCAUUAUUCGGUGCAAAUUGUGUCGGUUUUUUAUACGGUUUGAAAUUAAGUGGAUUUUGUCUGGAUGGGUGGUUUUUUUAGCAGUGUUUUUCGGGUGGAAAAUGGAGGUGCUGUUCUUCUUUUUAGUCGCUUUGAAAUGAAUCGUAAGAUUUGGUGUUUAUAUGUUCUUAACGUUUUAUCUGAUUAUUGUCGGUUUCGUUCAUUGUCAGGUGUUUUUACACAACGGACGGUGUCAGUUUUUUUUAUUAAGUUGCAUCAACUUGAAUGGUCUUUGUAAUACCGGUUAUUUUUAUCGGGAAAUUAAAAAUCGAUAUGCUGA